UUUAUUUUUAGAUAUCCCGGAAUUGGAGAUCACCCAUUACCAUACUUUACAACCUGGGUAAAAGAAAAGUUAGGCGUCGACAUCGAUCAGUUUCAAAAGCCUCAAGAUCCCCCCAACCCCGAGGAUUACCCCCCGGUUAAUUUAACCGACCAAGAUUUCGAAAACAUAAAAAAACUCAACGUUUCUUAUUCAAUCGAUGGUGAGGACCGAUUAAUCCGAGCCCACGGGCACACUUUAGACAAUAUUUACAAAUUAAGGAGGUCAUUUUUUAAACGAAUCCCCGAUAUUAUCUUAUGGCCAACUUCCCACGACGACGUCGUUAAAAUAGUUAAUUUCGCCCAAGAUAAUAAUCUUGUUUUAAUCCCCUUUGGUGGUGGGACCGCCGUUUCUGGGGCAAUCGAAUGCCCGGAUGAUGACAGGACGAUAAUUUCGUUGGAUACAUCUCAAAUGAAUAAAAUUUUAUGGGUGGAUCGAGAGAAUUUGGUGAUUUGUUGCGAGAGUGGGAUUUUCGGGCAAGAUUUAGAGAGGGAAUUAAAAAGGAUUGGGUUCACUUCAGGGCAUGAACCCGAUAGUUACGAAUUUUCUAGUUUAGGAGGGUGGGUUGCAACACGAGCUUCCGGGAUGAAAAAGAAUGUUUAUGGAAACAUCGAAGAUUUAGUAAUUCACGUUAAAAUGGUGACCCCGAAAGGAGUUUUAGAAAAAAAUUGCCAAGUUCCAAGAAUAAGUUGUGGUCCAGAUUUCGAUCAUUUAAUUAUGGGAUCAGAAGGAUGUUUGGGUGUCAUAACGGAAGUUAUUUUCAAAAUUCGCCCUCUCCCCGAGCUCCAAAAAUACGGCUCGAUCGUUUUCCCCAAUUUCGAAUCAGGCGCGAAAUGUAUGAGGGAAGUUGCGAAAUUACGAUGCCAACCGGCUUCGAUACGAUUAAUGGAUAACGACCAAUUCAAAUUCGGGCAAAGUUUAAAACCGAAAUAUUCAUUUUUCGGGUUAAUUUUGGAAGGGUUAAAAAAAAUUUAUAUCAAUAAAAUCAAAGGGAUGGAUUUUAAUUCUUUGGUGGUGAUGACGCUUUUAUUCGAGGGAAAUUCCGAAGAGGUUGGAGCCCACGAAAAAAAAAUUUAUGAAAUUUCAUCGAAAUUUGGGGGAAUCCCCGCUGGAGAAACCAACGGAAAGCGAGGUUACAUGUUAACAUUUCUCAUCGCUUAUAUUCGGGAUUUAGGUCUUGAAUAUCACAUAGUGGCCGAAUCAUUCGAAACUUCCGUUUCUUGGGAUAGAGUCUUAACGUUAUGCAACAACGUUAAGCACCGCAUCAAAGAGGAAUGUUCAAAACGAAAUUUAAAAUACUACAUGAACAGUUGUCGGUUGACUCAAACUUACGACGCAGGUUGCGUGAUUUAUUUCUAUUUUUGUUUUAAUUAUUGCGGUGUUGAAGAUCCGGUGAAAGAAUACGAAGCGAUUGAAGAAAUCGCGAGGGAGGAGAUAAUCGCGAGCGGGGGGAGUAUCUCGCAUCACCACGGAGUUGGGAAAUUACGAAGGAAAUGGUAUGGUUGGACCGUUUCGGACGUUGGAGUUUCGUUGUUUAAGGCGGCUAAAAAGGAAAUUGAUCCUAAGAAUAUUUUCGCGCUUGAGAAUUUAGUUAAAAGUAAAAUGUAGCCAACAUUUUUUAAUUUUGAUGAUUAAUUUACGAAUGGUGUGUGGUGCAAAGAACUAGUCAGGUUUUUUUAAUGUGGAUUUUAUGAUUUUAAACUCUAUUUUAUAUUGUAAUACAAAAGUAAUAAUAAUGUCA